UCCUCCGGGAGAGACCGGACCAGCACCGGUGUCGUUGAAUGGAGAGAGGCACCUGAAGAAGCGAGAGCGGUGGAGUUGGUCCCCCUCCUCCUCCUUCUCCUUCUUCCCCCAUUGCACCAAAAGAAAACUCUGGAUACAGCUCACUUCCCUUUGAGAUGCACUGAAAUGCAGCAAGGCUGGAAAGAGAGUCGUAAAAUAAGAUAUGGCUGGCUGCUGCAUCAUGUCCUCGGCUCAGGGUGGGGAUAUAUCAGGCUACCAUCUGAGUGUGGUGCGUAACCCACCAGGCUGGGAGGUGGGGAUCUACCUGGUGGGCUUCCUUGUGCUGUUAGGUGUGGCAGGGCUAAACAUCUGGAAGCUGUGGAAAUCUGGGACUUUUCCUGUGCCAUCUCCCUUCCCCAACUUUGAUUAUCGAUAUCUACAAGAAAAAUAUGGAAACUCCUUCUCAGAAGUCAGGCAAAAGAGAGUGGCAGCCAACAACCACCGCAGGACCUCCACUGCCUCCAGCCGCAAGGCCAGCCUGGCCCUGGGCGACACCCCGGACGGCUUCAGGGACCUGGGCCACCUGGAGCUGAUGAGCAGGGAGCUGGACCACAUCGGCAUGGUCCAGCUCAACCGUUCCAUCUCCACCGACUCGCUCAGCUCAAUCUCCUCCAUCGCCAACAACUUUGGCCACGACUUCACUGUGGGCCAGCUGGAGGUGACCCUGGAGUUUGAGCCGUACCGGCAGGGGGGUCAGGGAAAAGGCCUGCUCCACAUCACCCUGCACCAGGGAAAAGACCUGCUGGAGAAGGAGGAGGGAGACUUCCCCGGGUGCUUCAUCAGAGUCUCCCUGGGCCCAGAGGAGCUCAAUGUUGGAAUCACUAAGGUCCAGGCUAACGCAUUCACCGUGAUUUUUGAUGAGCGCUUCUCCAUCCCUGUGGACCUGAUGGCUCUGGAGGAGUACAGCCUGCGCUUUGCAGCCUUUGGUAUUGAUGCUGACGAGAGGAACAUCAGCGCUGGGGUAGCGGAUCUCAAACUAUCGGACCUGGACCUGACCAUCAGACCAUUCAACGCCUGGCUUUACCUUCAGGAUGUUAAUAAGGCUGUGGAUGCAGUAGGAGAGAUUCUGUUGUCCCUCAGUUACUUGCCAACAGCAGAGCGCCUCACAGUUGUUGUGGCCAAGGCCAAGAACCUGGUGUGGACCAAUGGCAAAACCACUGCAGAUCCAUUUGUCAAAGUGUAUCUUCUACAAGACGGCAGGAAGAUCAGCAAGAAGAAGACCUCCACCAAAAGGGACGACACGAACCCCAUCUUUAAUGAAGCCAUGAUCUUCUCUGUGCCAUCCAUCGUCCUGCAGGAGCUGUCCCUGAGGGUGACGGUGGCUGAAGGCACUGAAGACGGGCGGGGGGAGAAUGUGGGUCACGUCAUCAUCGGACCUGAAGCCAGCGGAAUGGGAAUUACCCACUGGAAUCAGAUGCUGGCCACUCUGAGGAAACCUGUAUCCAUGUGGCACCCUCUCCGCAGGACCUAGUCACCCCACCCCACCCCUCCUGUACCUGUCCUGUUGUGGGUUUCAAGCCAAACACUUGCUCCUUCAUGUUCCUGUCACCUCUUCCCUUGUUUGAAGCUGUGCCCUGAUCUGUUCCACUCUGCUGAUAGUUGACAGUCUGACCCACAGGGAGGGUGUGUGACCUAUAUGUCAAUCUGGUGGCACUAUUCUUGACACGGUACCCUUUCAACAAGGGAGGAGAAUUUGAAAAAGCCAGUGUUUGCCUAUAAACUAGCUGCACCCCUGGGUCAAUUAAUUCGCUGAAAUCCUUUCAGUUACUUGCUACUUUUAGCUCUCAGGUGCAUCCUGCUUGAAGGCUGCCUUUUGGAUUCAAAGAAGCCGUCCAGUUGGUUUGUUUGUACCAAACAAAAUUAAUCUGUCCUCUAAAAGUAACUGAAUCUGUUUCAAACUGCAGACUGACCCGGGUCUGCUCCACACUGCCUCGUUACCUUACCCCCUUACCCCCCUUGGUUUGCCCCCUCUCCGCUUUCCGGGGUUGGGCUAAAUCUCUUUUCAACAGCUGGAAAGGAAACAUGCAUAUUUGUGGUGUUUAGUUUUGUCCUUUCAGUUUGAACUUUGAAAGGAGUUUUGAUCAAAAAGAGGAGCCCAACCCUGGCAGGCACACCUCACCACCCCCUGCUCCUCCCUUUUCUCCCUGCAUGGUGCCUACUGUGGUUCUAUUUAGCUCUCCAGAGAAAAACUAAGACUGAACAGACAGGUUGUAAUAGCUUCUCUUUCAGGAAACUACUCAUUUGUCUUUAAAGAUCAGUCAUUGAUUGCACCUGUUAGAUUGAUUACUUAGCAGUUUUAGAACUGAGUUGAGGUUAGCUCUAUUGGAUUUGCUUGUGUCAUUUGUUACCAGUAAGACUGACAAAUAAUAGAGGUUUUGGUAUAUUCAAUAUAUAUUGUGCUUUUUAAAAAAAAUCCAGGUACUCUUAUCCAGGUGAAAUAAUUGUAAUUUGUAGCAGUUGUUACAGGGUGGCCAAAUCAGAUGUAAUCCGCAUAUAACUACCAUGUUGUAUUGUUCUAUUUGUACCAUAAUUAAUGCAAUACACGUUGCAGCAUAAAACUACUUAUAAUGUAAGUGUCAGUAUCAGUGUAAAUAGUGUAAUACAAUCCAAGCAUUCUUCUUCUUGUCAUCAUCAUCCUCAGUAUUCAUACAUAUAUAUAUAUUUUUUUGUUUUCCACAUUCUAGCAUCACAUGAUGAGUGUAAAUCAGCAUUUUUUGCACUAUUUAAAUAAACAUCAAAUUUAAGGACAGUUAGCUCAUCAAAGUGUACAGUAUUUAACACAAAUACUACUGUUAAUAACACAUAAUUAUUAUUAUUAUUAUUAUUAUUAUUAUUAUUAUUAUUAUUAUUAUUUAUCGUUGUUGUUGUUAUUAUUACACCUCUGGGACUUUAAUGUGUAAAAUAUACUCACCCCCUUUUAAGUGGGUUCAUUGUUCCUUCUAGUUUUAGCAGUUGCCCUUUAGUUACCUGCAAACAGCUUGUUAUCAAUAUUAGUAUUCCUUGUUGAAACCAGUGGGAAUCACUUACUGUUUGCAGCUAUGGAGCAUUAAUGAUAACAAUACUAUCAAGGUAUUUUUGUUCAGCUGAGGAAGAAAGAAACUUUUUUUCCUCACAAUGUGAUGACAAUUUGGUAAUACUCUGAAUAUCACUGUGUGUUUUUCUCUGUCUGAGAUAUUCUCUACAACAUGGCAUUAUGCAGUGCUGUUUUGUUGUAACUCCUGAAUGUGAACAAUCACGUGAAAUGUCUUCUAACUCUGAAAACAUUCUUAGCCCUUUGCAUUGUUGUUAUUUUGUUUUUUUUGUUUGUUUUUUCAAGCUGAAUAUUUGUUAAUUUAUGACUGCAUUCCUCACCUCACAUCAAAAUCCAAGUCAAAAUCAGUACACCUGUGGUCAUAUGAUAGACAGUAAUUCCUGCUGUGCCAAAUAAUGAAGCAAUAUUUUCAUUUAUAGUCAGCAUUUGCAUUUGAUCAACAGAGCUGUAGCCUACAUUUGAUCAUGCAUGAAGUUAUUUAGCAUUUGAUGUGAAUGUGCCUCAAGAAUAAAGUGUAUUGUGUGAACGCUGUUUGAAAUUAAAGCAAUCCAACAGCAACAGUC